AUGACCUCACUCGCCACCGAGUAUUGGCAACUCUUUCUCGCUCAAGGUGUGUGCACUGGCCUGGGCAAUGGCUUGCAGUUCUGCCCUGUGACGGGACUGGUCGCCACAUAUUUCUCCGACCGAAGGGUCUUCGCCUUGGCCUGUGUCCUCGUGGGCAGUGGAACCGGAGGCAUGCUCUUCCCCGGCCUAGUCAAAACGCUCAUUCCUGCGAUCGGCUUUGCGUGGACAGUCCGAAUACUGGGGUUCGUCAUGCUGGGCACCAGCAUCCCUGCCAUGACACUGUUGCAACCGCGAUUGCCACCACAGAAUCCAACGUAUGUUUUGUUCUGCCUCGGCAUGUUUCUGAACUUCUGGGGUCUUGAUUUUGCAUUCUAUUACAUCGGCACCUUUGGACGCAGUGUUCUUGGCCUCAGUUACGAAGACUCGAAUACGCUCAUCAUUGUGACCAUUGGUCUGAUGAUGUUUUGUUGGACCGCCGUACACUCAACGCCCGGGUUGUAUGUUUUGGCCGUGCUCUACGGGACCUUCUCCAAAGGGGUGCAGGGCCUCUGGCCCUCCACAUUGUCUAGCUUAACCCCGGACUUGAGCAGAACCGGCGUCCGGAUUGGCAUGGGAUUUACGAUUGUUAGGUUUGCUUGUCUCACCGGUCCUCCACUCGACGGUGCUCUCAUUGCCAAGUUCAAUGGGUAUAUCGGUGCGCAGAUUUGGGGAGGCCUGACAUUCUUGCUAGGCGCUGUAGUUCUUGUCACGGCCCAGGUUUUGAAGACUGGGGCCGUGGCUAAAGCCAAGAUCUAA